AUGAGUGAUGACACCUCUGCUGGAGAAAGCGAGCGACUCGAGGACGGUCCCGGACGGAAUGCGGACUCUGUCCCGAGCAAUGACAAGGAAUUGAAAAAAAUAGACCGAGAGCAACAACAAACCAUUGACAGCGCUCACGAAUUGCUCACAACUUUGGAAUAUGCUCAUAGAAAUGAUCUCCCAUUGCAUCUGUACUCGUCAUUUCUUUUGAAGAAGCUGUUGUGCAGGGCAAACGAACGGAAACAUGCGUACGAGGUUAACAAAUUCAUUCAACAUAAUAUAAAGGACAGUUGGGUCAGUUGGCCUAAUGAGAACACAGCGAUAAAUCCACAGACAGAUACGAUAUACGAAGAUACCCCCACGAAACGAGGGGGCAGUAACCAACCAGCGGGGGCGGUGGUGGACGAUCCGAUACGACCUGGUGAAGUAUCUGAAAGAGCACUUCGACACGCCGCUCGCCUGUUAAAUAUCGAAAUGAAUGCCGUUUGGCAGCAAGGUCUGAGCAGAUCUGCGCGCAUUGCAGGCACUUCCUUGGAUGUUGAUAAAUGCGAAAUGCCCGUAGAGCUUUCCUCACGCGUUAUCGGGAAGUUGGAUCAUCUCUUCGCAGGGUUAAACCACAAGAUUGCCCAAAAGAAUAAAAUCUCCAUAUCUAACGAUCCUGAGGCACCAGUGAGACAUAUCUCCGAUUUGGAAGCUGUUCAGGAACGUGACGAUACUACAAGGGUAAAUCAAGAUACAAAACUAACCUACCACGACAUAAUUGAACGCGCUUGCGAGAUGAACGAAGAUAUGAAGGACAUCUAUAUGAAAUCUUUGGAGUUGUACCACGACAUACCGAAACAGUACAGAAAACAGCAAUUCAAGCUACCGAAAAAGGUCCUGAAGCAUUUUAGGUAUAAACAUGACAGAACGCCGCAUUUGAGGGCUAUGUGCGAUACCAUGAAAGACAAGGAAUACGUCCCGAUCAAACGGCUUCUUAAUGACGCAAGCUUGAACACCGAGGAGAGGACUCUGCUGAAGACGUUCCAGAGUAAUGAUGUAGAACACAAUUUGAACAAAAAAUCGUUUCUUCUAAUCAAGUAUAAUCAAGAACGGUGGGAACGAAGUCGGAAUGGCUGCGAGGAUGAGGACCCGGCAGUGAAAGAUACAAAGAAUGGACCGAAACAGAAACAACAACAGAAAGGAGAUUUACCACCGGAUAUUUCGACACUACCAAUACGGAAAUUCACACCGUACCUAGACGAGGACGCUGAAGUAGACGAGGACGAGUACGGCAUAGCAGACUGUUUAGUGACACUACCCAGACGACAUUGUAACAAUAAUAAUAGUAAUAAUAAUAAUAUUAAUGGUGAUAAUAUACCAAAGUAA